AUGCCCCUAAAAAUACGAAAUCUACUGGAACAAGUGGGUGAUGAACUUAUUCUUAAAAUUCAACUUGGUCGUAGACCUGUUAAAGAUCUUGCUCUUAAAAUACUUAACUUUUUAAGUGAUUCGAAAUUUACUGAUAAACAAAUUGAACUUGGCUAUCAUGAAAUCUAUCACAAUUAUUUACUUAUUACUAUUCAGAAUAAUCAUGGACUCCAUGUACUACAGCAUAUACUUGGAAAUGCCCCACAAAAUACAACUGGUAGAACAGUUCUUAUACUUGAGAAAUCAAUGCGUAUUGGUCUCAGAUAUCCGACUAUACCUGACGAAAUGAUCGAUCUAUUACGAUAUUCCACUAACACCAAAUAA